AAAAAAAUCAAUUUAUGGGUCCUAUGCAAGGGAAACAAUGUCCAGUUUCGACAAAACACGGUAGAAGAGAGAGAUGCAGUUUGCUUUAUAGAGCGGUUGAGGAAAAGUGUUCUGAAAGAAAACCAGAUUCGUGGUCGUUCUUUAGAUAAGCUGAGAGAAGAAUCUCCACCAAGCCAUUCAUCUGAUCAAACAGUACAGUUGACACCAGCCACAACCAGUUCUUUGCGUGUUUUGUACCGCAGUAUUUUUGAGCCCAUCAGAAGCAUGUUAAAAGGGGAUGAAAUAGUCAUUGUUCCAGAUGGUCCACUACACCUUACUCCUUUCGCUGCGUUUUUGGAUGAAGCUUCAAGAUACCUGAGUGAAUCGUUCAGGAUCCGUAUAAUCCCCUCGCUGACCAGCUUACAGCUGUUUGAAGAUUGUGCUGGGAGCUACCACAGUAACACUGGGGUGUUGCUUGUUGGCGAUCCAUGUUUGGAGCAGGUUACAAACAUCUUUGGUGAACCCAUUUUGCCACAGCUGCCACAUGCCAUGAAUGAAGUAAAGAUGAUUGGCGAGAUUCUAAACACCACCCCCCUAACAGGAAGGGAAGCAACUAAGGAAGAGGUGCUUAAAAGAAUCACCUCUGUUGCUUUGGUUCACAUCGCAGCACAUGGCAAUAGCGAACAUGGUGAAAUUGCUUUGGCUCCAAACUCAACACAGAAGUAUAUCAGUCGAGCAGGGUACAUGAAGCAUCACAUGCUGAAAAUAGCUGACGUGCAAGCUGUUCAGCUACGAGCAAGGCUUGUUGUUCUUAGUUGCUGCCAUAGUGGCCAAGGAGAGAUCAAAGCUGAGGGUGUGAUCGGUAUUGCUCGAGCUUUCCUGGGUGCUGGGGCUCGUUCUGUUCUAGUGUCUCUCUGGGCAAUUGAUGACAAGGCCACUUUGGAGUUUAUGAAAUUCUUCUAUCAAAACAUCCGUGAUGGAAACAGCGCCAGUGUGUCUCUCAACCGGGCUAUGAAAAGUCUCAGAGAAUCAGAAAAGUUUAGUGAGGUGAAACACUGGGCCCCGUUUGUACUCAUUGGCGAUGACGUCACACUGGAUUUUGGAGCACUGUAAGUAAAAUAUGUUUGAAAGCUCAACCGUUGUUAAC